AUUGUUGUGGUUUCCUGAAGGUCAAUUUAGCAUUGUUUCUGAUGACCUUCUGGAUUUUGCAAAGCAAACUGUCUUCCCUCAACAGUGAUGUGUCCACCCUUGGGAAUACAAGGGUCUUCUGAGGAAACCAAGAGGAAAGAAAUGUCAUUAUCCUUUCCAGUCGGAAGAACUGGCACUCUGGCCGAAAUGUUCUGUCCAUUUCCAACCCCAGCUUGUAACUUCCUUCAGCAACAGGAAAAAUUGACAUUGGUCACCAAACGUUCUUUGGAUUUUGCCAGCAAUCCUAUAACGAAUGUGCGGAGAAUAUUGAUGUUGCCACGGAGCACUUAGAAAAACCUGUGACUGUUUCCACAGCCCAGCCUCCACUUGCACACCCUGCCUCAGUUCAGGCUCCCUCUCACCCCUAUUCCAUUCCUUUCUCUGGAGAAAAAUCUUAGUCAAGGUCAAAUCUUCUGGGAGGCCAGAGCAAUCCUUUGUUCCAGCAACCUUUGUGCAGAUGAUGCUGACAUUUAAAGCAAUUGCUCAGCUCUUCAUCCUGGGAUGCACGUGGUGUCUAGGCAUGCUGCAGGUGGGGCCAGCCGCCCACGUCAUGGCUUACCUCUUCACCAUCAUCAACAGCCUACAGGGUGUCUUCAUCUUCCUGGUCUACUGCCUCCUCAGCCAGCAGGUCCGGGAGCAGUACAGGAAAUGGUUCAGAGGGAUCAGGAAAGCCAAAACCGACUCUGAGAAGUACAUGCUCUCAAGCACAACUAUGUCUGAUUCCUCUAAACCCAGCAUGGUAAGAUCACAUAUUGCUCCCACAGCACCUCACUAACUGAUCUGCUUGAGCACCAUAUGCCCAUCUCACUGAACCACUUUAUGAUGCCCUAGAGUGGCUCAGUCUUGGUUUGCUAUUUGACUCCUUGACUACCAGCAAUGGUCUGUUUUUAAAGGUUUGUUUAAAAUUAUAUUUCCCUCUUACUCCUC